AUGCGAGCUGCAGCGGAGAACGACGCAGUAUUGGAAAGAAGGGCGAGGAUGGCUCGCACCCAAGAAAGAAUUGAAGCGGCGCUUAGGAGGAUAGCAGCGGCGGAAGAGGCGGAGCAGGCGUUGCUUAUGAGGGAGCGGGCGGCGUUUAUGAGAGAGCUGGUGGAAUUUCAGAGAAUGAGGGAAAGACAGAAGAGGAAGGAUGAG